UGCUGACGUUUUUUAAAUGAUGUACCACUUUAAUGAUGUUGUACAUAAUUCUAGCUAUGGAGCUAAAGUCGGGGUCCAGAUUGUCAGGAGAAGAUGCCCUGGGGGGAUGUGCCUGGUUAAUCUUGGCUGUUCUUUCUUUGCGGCGUUUUCCCCGUGCUGUUUUGUGUUGUUUGUUACCCCUAUGAUUUGCCCUAUGAGUCCCCCUGGGAUAGGGAGGGUUAUCAUGGGUAGGGUGGAAAUUUCCCCUGUUUUGGCGGGGCAUGUCAUCUGCCGGAAAAUUGGGAUGUUGCGGUUGGAAGCCUCUGAAAAAUGUGUUAUUAUUUUGGCGUGCAGUGUCGUUGUUUCGCCACUGUGGGGCGCUGUCUCGUAUCUCACGCGCGUUAUGAUCCCGGUGACGCGCGUCAUGAUCCCGGCGACGCGCGUCAAGAUCCCGGCCACGCGCGUCAUGAUCCCGGUCACGAGCGUCAUGAUCCCGGUCACGCGCGUCAUGAUCCCGGUCACGCGCGCCACGAUCACGGUCACGCGCGCCAUGAUUACGGUCACGCGCGUCGCGAUCACGGUGAUGCGCGUCGCGAUCACGGUGACGCGCGUCAUGCUCACGGUGACGCGCGUCAUGAUCACGGUGACGCGCGUCAUGAUCACGGUGCCGCGCGUCAUGAUCACGGCGACGCGUGUCCCCUUGGGGGCGGCCAUGGCCGCCGCAACAAUGAUCGUGAUCAUGAGGCCAACCUCGAGUCACUUCAGCAUAUGUGAGGUGCUGAAAACGGCCGGAAAAUUGUGUGUUUUGGCCGUAAUGGCGGUCGUUAUGAUGCGGGGAUCGGGAACGCGGAACCAUCUCGCGCUGCUGGCACUGUUUCCGUCCGCGCGGACGGACCUGGUGCCAUUCCUCGUCCUCCCACGCCGUCAUUUUUUGGAAAAUGCGUUAUUUUGGUCCUCGUAGGAGUGCUGGGACAUCCGGGGCCCCCCCAGCGCCGGAAUGUCCGAAUACCCAGGUAAGUAGCUGUACAAUGCAGGUAAGUAGGGUAAGUGGGAAUAAUAUGAUGUUGUUUUUGUUGUUUGUGUGUACACAAAUGGCCCAGGUGGGCCCACAAGGCAGAGCGCGGGCCGUGAGUGGA